AAAUCAAAUGAGAAGUAAAUAAUCAAUAAGGUCUAAUACUAUUCUUAUAUGAUCAGAGAUAUACCAAUUCCUCUGUUUGUGUCUCAUCAGUUACGAAAGCUAAAGCUACCUUAAUUGUAUGAGCAAAUAUUUGGGUAGAAACUUUCUAGUCCUUAUUAAGAAGUUAGACAGGACGCCAAUCAGGAAAGUGUUUGAGGGCUUCAUUUUUAUAUAUUUACAUUGUUGUAUAGUGGAACAAUUUUAAAGUCCUUUGGUCGCAUGGAGCUGAUUGUUUAUGGAUGAGAGCGGUUACGGAGAUCAUUCAAGAAACACUGAGAGCUGUUUUAGUUUUCACCUCUUUUCUUAUGACUCACGUUUUGAUCGUAUAGCUGACGUCACUUAAAUGCGACUACCUUAAAUUAAGAGAACUGAACGCAAGUUUGAAGUUGAAACAAUCGGCUGAAGCUCAAAUAAUCUUUGUCUUGCUUAAACUUUAAAUUGAAUCUAUCGUAGUUACUUUUUAAAAGUCAUAGUCUGUUAUUCGCAGAAAAUAUCAUCAGACUAGCACAUUUAGAACAAACUUGUCCGAUCAUCAGAAAGAAGAACACGGAAAUGUCUGUAACUGCGUCACUCUGCUCCACUUUGCUGGUUUUUGGCAUCUUCGUGUUUGUCUCGGCAGACCAAAGAACCAUCACAGCUGAGUCUGGACAGAACAUCGUUUUUACAUGUCGAGCUCCAAAAAACAACAUCAUAGGUGUGGAGUGGAACAGAGCUGACCUGAGAGAUGAAUAUGUGCUUUCGUACAGAGACAAGCAGUUUGAUCCUGAUGGUCAGCAUCCAUCUUUUAUGAACCGGGUGGAUCUGCAGGACAGGAAGAUGAAGGAUGGAAACUGGUCUUUGAUUCUGAAGGAUGUGACAAUUAAUGACACUGGAACAUACAAGUGUCGUGUCUUCAGUGGAGAGACAAGGUCAUGGGAGACCAUCAACACCGUCAGCCUGACUGUUUCAGGUGAGUGAGUAGAGUUCAGUGUGAGUGUGAUCAGAGGUGAAGCUGCUUCCUGGUUGUUGAUGUUUGUUUCU